CGCAGGCUGAAGGAGAAACGCGCAAAGGGACAUGGAAACGCAAAAAAUAAGUCACAACGUACCGUUUCAUUUAGUCAGUACUGUUCAUGGACCAGUUCUUUCUCAUUCACGCUGAAAAUACGCACCGUUUAAUUAAAAAACUGGAGAUUGCGCGUCCUGUUCAUCCUUGCGCGUCCUGUUCAUUGCUUUGUGAGCGUACUGUUGAGCGAAAUGAAGCUGUUCUCUGUUCUGAUGCCCAUCACAAAACGCACCAUAACCACUAUUCACCUCCCUUGUUCUCUUCUAAAAACCCAAACACCAUAACCCGCAUCACCGCCUACCCAUUUUCCCACUCUCCAAAACCACGCUCUCUCUCCAUCAUAAACUCCGCCAAUGAAUCAAACUCACUCUCGCCCAAACCGGGUCAGUUCCGAGUCGACGUUCUCUCUGAAUCGCUACCCUUCAUCCAGAAAUUCCGGGGCAAGACCAUCGUCGUCAAGUACGGCGGCGCCGCCAUGAAAUCCCAAGCUCUCCAAGCCUCCGUCGUCAACGACCUCGUCCUCCUCGCCUGCGUCGGCCUCCGCCCCGUCCUCGUCCACGGCGGCGGCCCCGAGAUCAAUCUCUGGCUCAAACGCCUCAACAUCGAGGCCGUAAGAAGUUAACAAGGGAGGUUUUGGGUUCGGAUGAUGAGAAAUUACGAAUAGCAGCGUAAGAAGGGACAUUCGGAAGUUCUGAUGGGCGUUGAACUCUCCUGAGGCGUGGAACUCUCCUGAGGCGUUAGCUAGGGUCCGGAGAAGAGUGAAUGAAGGAAAGGGGAAAAGGGUUUUUAAUUUUGGUAUUUAUAUGCUACAGUGUUUUCAGUUCCGCUACAGUGCUGCGUUUGGUUUUUUUCAUCUGCGUUUUUUCCACUUAAUUGCUACAGUGUUUUCAGCAAUAAGUUUUCAGUUUCAGCAAAAUAAGUUCUAUCCAAACA